AUGAAAUUAUACAAGAGCUACCAAGAACUCUCUGAUGCCUUAGGCAAAAUGUUCAGCUCCUUUACCAUUGGAAACUGUGGAUCUCAAGGAAUGAAGGAUUUCAUGAACGAGAGCAAAUUGAUAGACCUGUUGAAUGGUUCUUCUGAGUAUGUUCCAACUUAUGAAGACAAAGACGGAGAUUGGAUGCUUGUAGGAGAUGUACCAUGGGAAAUGUUUGUCGAUUCAUGCAAACGAUUAACGAUAAUGAAGGGGUCUGAGGCAAUAGGACUUGCUCCAAGAGCUGUGGAGAAGUGCAAGAACAGGAGCUGAAGAGGAGUUUUGCUGUUGAUUCGAGAAAUGGAAUCCAUUGAAUGAAACUGUGAUCAAACGGAAAAAGCAGACCGGCUCAAGGGGAAUUAAGCAAGGAGUUUGGAUGUCUGUGUCCAUUGUGUUUUUUCCUUUAUUUUUAUUUUCUCAUGACGUAUAUGAAUAUACGAGGAACAUAUUCGGAGAUUUAUUAGGAAUAUCAAGUAAUAAUAUAUAGGAGAUGUUUAUAUAUAUA